AUGGCCGAAACAAUCUCCCUCCAAAGCAUGAGAUCCACGCAAGACCUCACCAGCCGCCGCCGGCCCGGCGGACACACGAGCAGCGACAUCACACUCACGCCGCCGCAGAAGCAGGACCUGGACCUGGACGGGAUCGCCGCCGGCGCCCAGUCCGCCGGCGCAGCACCGGCCGUGCUGCCAAAGUCGCUGGCGCUGAAACAGCUCGUUGGCGCUGCGGUCACGCUGCUCGUUCUGUUCUGGGCAAACACUUCGUGGAUCAUGGGGAAGAUGUACAAACAAGCCGACCACGCCCACCGCCUCCACAUCCUCGCCAUCGACCUCGACGGCGGCCCCAUCGGCUCCUCCCUCCUCUCCACCACCGCCCUCCUCAGCGGCACCCACGGCCAACCCACCUACGUCAACACCCCCUUCUCCUCCUCCUCCGCCUCCUCCGAGUCCUACUCCUCCAUCUACACCCGCGUCCGCACCGGCGGCCCCAUCUGGGGCGCCAUCAUCGCGAACCCCUCCGCCUCCACCAACCUCAGCGCCGCCCUCACCUCCAACACAACCACCCCCUACGACGCCACCACCGCGCUCACAAUAAUCUACAACGAGGCGCGCUUCCGCACCGUCGAGAUCUCACUAAUCUACUCCAACCUGCUCGCCGCCGCCGCCGCCACCGCCGCAACCUACCAGCGGUCGCACGGCGCCGCCACCAUCGCCUCCCUGAGCAACGCCAGCGCGUCCAGCAUCGCCGCGGCCCUGCAGCCCGUCGCCUACACCGUCGACAACAUCACCCCCUUCGGCUUCUCCAGCAGCGUCCUGCUCAACACCGUCAUGUUCGUCUUCCCGCCGCUGAGCCAGUUCUUCGUCGUCAUGGCCGCAAACGGCAUCCUCGCCGGCGGCGCCGGCGCGUAUGCGCGCUGGUCGCUCAGGUCGAACCUGCUCGUCCGCGCGGUCCUGGGGACGGCGUAUCCGUGCUUGAUUGGCCUGUCGUGGGCCGGCUGGGUGUAUACGUGGAAGGACGGCGCGGACUUGGGCGCCGGGCAGUACUUUUUGAGCUGGUUGACGGUCUGGCUGUAUGCGUCCAUCAACUUCUGGGUUAUUGAUGGGACGUGCGCGGUGCUGGAGAUGCGCUGGAUGCCGUUCUUUGUUAUCACGGCUAUCAUCACGCAGGUUUCGGCUGUGCUGUCGCCUAUGGAGCUGGCGAGCAACUUUUACAGGAUUGAGUAUUUGCUGCCGAGUCACCACAUCUGGGGAAUCCUCAUGACAAUCUUUGGGAAUGGCGCCGCGAAUGAGUUGAAGGUGAACCUGACCGUCGCAGUGCUGAUGCUCCCAGUUGCGGCUUCGUGGGGCCUGUGGGGUAACUGGAGGAGGUGGACAAAGGCGUCUGCGGCGGUGGCGGCAGGGAGGGCGUAG